ACCAUACUCCGACUUGGAUUUUUGGAUGAAAGCGACCAAAUUUGGAGCCCAGUAUCCGCUCAAAGGGAACUACUGGGAGCCCCAACCAUAUGUUUUUUUUAUUUUACCUUUAUUUAACUAGGCAAGAUCAGUUAAGAACAAAUUCUUAUUUUCAAUGACGGCCUAGGAACAGUGGGUUAGCUGCCUGUUCAGGGGCAGAACGACCUUUCUAUGGCAUUAUAAUCAUGGACUUUCCAUUGCGUUUCUUAUCUUGCAAACAAGAUAACAUUGCUGCCCCCUCACCCUUGCUACAGUGAUAUCAUCGGUGAUGGUAGAACAUGAGUUAAAGUCUAUGUUCAUUUAUGUGCGACUGAUAGUGGUUAAUCCAGAGACAAUGUAAUAAACUGUUUUUGGUCAAACAUUGGAGGCAACAGCAGAAAACACCUGCAUUUCGCCUACCUGCCUGCGCUCGGUCUGUUAGAUUGGCAAACCUGUUUUACCAAACCUGUUUUCUAAUCGCGUCAUGACGCCGACACCAAGAUUUUACGUAGCCUACCGCCGCAGUUCACCGUGCCUCUCCAUCUGAUCUCUCCGUUGCAGAAUUCCCCUUGCUUCAAUUUGCCCACCGCGAUCUUUAGCGGUGCUACGGAUUAACCAGCGGCUCAUAGACCGUGAACCGGACUGUCCACUAGUGUAGGAUUUAUUUGUCACGGAAAACACUUCGCACUGAAAACGAGUAGGGGGAAUGAUGACCAACCCUAUGCCCCGGUGUCUGGCUCACGGUUCCUAAAGAAGUCCUCUCAAGGAUGCUGCCUUCGAAGCGGAUCGAACGACAACCCCGGGCCUCGCUUCAGCCCGGGGUUCUCCUGUGUAUCAUUCUCGCCACUGUCAGUGCAAGUAUGCCAGCUAGUAGGGGUAAGUGCCCGGACCACAUAGACUGUGCCCGCGAGGGGCGGCACUUCUGCAAACCUGGCACAUCCUACUGCGGCCCGUGUCUCAAUCCAUUGGACGAGAACGAGGAAGGAUUGUGUGUGGCAAGGACGAGCCGCCGUCACCAUGGUAAAGUCACAUCCUUCUCUGAUCUAGAUGAAGAGAUUGACUUCCUUCACUCUGUCAUUGCCAAACAGGAAGUGUCUGAGGUCAAACAAUCAAAACAAUCAGACACCCGCUCCAAGGCAGCUAGGACUCAGACAGAGACUCCCAGAAUGAGAGGGCAGGUCCAACCCUCGGCAGGGCAGCCCAACACCACCCAGCCCUCCACCCAGGCCCCCCAGCCUGCCACCGGGGCUCUGGGCAGGGUUGGAGCGGGAGGACCUGAUGGCCUCAUAGCCGUCCCAUACACCUCCAAGGACAGUCUCCUCGUCAUUAUGAUCUCUGUGUGUGUCGUCUUUGGCGCCGCAGGCCUGAUCUUGGCUUCAGUUUUCUGGGUCAGGCUGCAGAAGGAAUCCCAUCUGGCCCAGAAGGUAGAUUACCCUGCAUUUGGAAGCCAUGGGAAUGGAACAGCCAACAGGCCUUCAUCGGGGGAUAAGAAGUUGGCCCAGAGUGCCCAGAUGUACCACUACCAGCAUCAGAAACAGCAGAUGCUCUCCAUGGAAAAUCAUAAAUCGGAACCAAAGGUCGCCGACUCAGAAGUCACGUCAGAAGAGGAGGAAGUGGACGGAGACUUCACUGUGUACGAGUGCCCUGGACUGGCACCGACUGGAGAGAUGGAAGUGAAGAAUCCUUUGUUUAACGACUCUACACUACACUACCAAGGGAAUCCCAUGUGAAACCCAUAGAUGUUCAUGCCUGCACACACACACACACACACACACACACACACACACCAUUUCUUGUACUCUGGAAGAAUAGCACGUGAACUCUCCAAUCUUAGAACUGGAUGGGCUUAUAUAAGAGGAAAUGAAGAGGCAGGAGGUUGACAGAUGUAUGAAACUCAAGAUAUAUGUCUCUAAUGGCACCCUUACACCCUAUAUAGUGCACUACUUUUGGCCAGAACCCUAUGGGUCCAGGUCAAAAGUAGUGCACUACAUAGGGUGUAUGGUGCUAUUUGGGAUGUAGACAACCUUCCUGUAUCCUAGGACUUGGUCACUAGUAGGGUGUUUCUAUCAUACAAAAGGCCCUAGUCCCCUGUACUUUCCAGUAAAAGACGGUGUUCCUUUUGAAUAUAAUUUGUUGUUUCAUGUCUUUGCACCUUUCCUUGGUCUUUUAAGCUGGUUUGUAAUUGAAUCUCACAACGAGAACAUUACUAUGGGAAACAAAUGUUUACAUUGCCAAAGCAAAUGAAAUGGACAACAAACAAAAGUGAAAUAAACAAGGAAAAGACCAUCAGAAACGAACAGUUAACAUUACUCACAAAAGUUUUUAAAGAAUAUAGACAUUUCAAAUGUUAUAUUAUUGGCACAGUGUUGCAACAAUGUCCAAGUAAUUGAAUUAUGAAAGGGAAAAUAAAUAAACAGAUAAAUACAGGUUGUAUUUACAAUGGUGUUUGUGCUCCACUUGUUGCCCCUUUCUUGAGGCAACAGGUCUCAAAUCUUACUGAUGUGGUGGCACACUGUGGUAUUUCACCUAAUAGACGUGGCCGUUUUAUCAAGAUUGGAUUUGUUUUCAUAUUCUUUCUGGGUCUGUGUAAUCGGUGGGAAAUAUGUCUCUCUAAUAUGGUCAUACAUUUGGCAGGAGGCUAGAACAUGCUGCUCGGUUUCUCUCUCUCUUAGAAUCAGUGUUUCAAUUGCUCGCCUUUGUAAUGUCCGUUAUUAUCUCCCAAAGCCUCUGUUUGAAUGUGGUACAAUGACCUAAUAUAUAUAUAAAUAUAUAGCACAUAGAACACACAUAUGUGCAGACACACACACACAUCAAUUGUGCAGACACACACACAUCAAAACAGUCCCUUACUCUAUUAGCCAUGCAUAGCUAGUAGCUAACCCCAGAUCAUUUAAACUGUAGAUACUGGUACACAUGAAGGGUUUUUCAUGAAAAGUGCUUGGCAUUUGGCCAAGGAGCAAGAGGAACACAAGGGGACACUCUCAUGAUAUACUGUGAUAUAAUCUUUGAAGUACUAUUUUUAUGGAUGCAAAAAAAUGUAUGUCACAUAUUUGUGAUGUCUGUCUAUUCGUAUCUUCCAAAAACAGGGUUUAGGAUGAAGUUCUUGUCAUUUGGUGUAGCAAAUUUCAACUUGUUAAAUCAAUAUUGUAGAUUUAAGAAAGCAUAUUGGAAAAUGUAGUAUCAGAUGAUUUCUCAUGCUUGGUUUGAUUCCGACAUGUUUGAAUAUGAUAAUCACUUUGAUUCGACCUCCUAUGUGUAACUGGAGGAGACAUGUAAAUUGAUAUGUACACCUUAGUAAGAACGUCUAUAGGAUUGAUGAUCCGUGGUGGAUGUCACUCUCUAGUAUUUUCUUCUCUCUUUCGUCCCUGUCAGUUCCAACCCUGGCGUUCCAAAAUGUGCAUAGAAAGAGUGAAACUGUUCACUUGUAUAUUUUUGUACAUGCAGGCCUCGCUUCUGAAUUAAACGUUUUUACCUCAAGUGAAGCUUGCAAAAGGACAAUG